GCCCUGCCGGUCGCACGUCGGGAGCAGCGCGCCGGUGCCUGUGACGUGAAGCGGUCAGCACGCGCCGCGAUGCGCCGUCCGCGCGUGUCGGAAACACACACACAAUAAAACCGAGCCUCAGAGAGAAACAAAAAAAAUGAAUCGUAUGAGAACUCUCGUAUCAUUCUCAGUGAUGUGUAUUACUUGGUGACGCAUCGAGCAAAGCGCUUUUUGUGUCUUGUGUCGCUGUUUUAUUUAUUUAUUUUUUUUGUUCUUUCACUUUCAUUUCGCAGACGUGCGCGCAAACUUCCCGAUCAAGAAACUGUUAGCGUAGAGAUAGCUUAGCGUGUGUGAACCUAAUAGCGGCGUGACGCGCUAGCCCAACUUUGCUUGGUUUUUAGUUUGCUCGUUUGAUUUAUUUUUCUUGUCCGCGUGCAGUGUUGAAGUGUUGGACCUGUGUCGUGUUCGUGUUGUCGGCAGUUCGUUCAAACCUGCGCCACUAGUUCUGUUUGUGUCCUGUGUUUUGGAAUUGCACGCUCCUACAACCUUCUCCUGUGUGCCAGUCUCUGCGGCAGCGCGCGCGGCCUCCGGCACCCCGGGUCUACGUGGGGCAGAGCGGAUCGCGCGGUGCGCAAGAGACCGUGAGAAGAGUGCGUGCAGUCGCCACCCCUCCCCCCCCCCCUCCCUACAACACAUGCGACACCCCGCACAGAUAAUCCCUUAUCGCGCGCCCGCUAUCAAGAGCCGCGGCAGUCGAUAGACGCGCGCGCGCCGGACACAGUGUGUGUGUGUGCGCGAGUGGAGUGCAGAUGGAGAUGCUGGGCGAGCUGAACGCGCUGGCGGGCAAGAUCUCGCCGCAGGGGCCCGCCACCGACUCUAACGCCAACCGGGUGUCGUCGCUGGGCCACCUCAACAACAACAACAACCACCACCCGUACAGCAAGCCGGCGCCGCCGCCCGCCCACGACAAGACGGCCAACGGCCGCGCCAGCCCCGCCACCAAGAUGAACAACCUGAACAACGCGCUCAACAGCAUGAACAGCAACAUGAACAGUCAGCAGGAGCAGCCCGACCCGGACUACAUCAAGAUGUUCGUGGGCCAGAUCCCUCGCUCCAUGGACGAGAACGACCUGCGCAAGAUGUUCGAGGAGUUCGGCCGCGUGCACCAGAUCAACGUGCUGCGAGACAAGGUCACCGGCCAGAGCAAAGGCUGCUGCUUCGUCACGUUCUUCACGAGGAAGGCUGCCUUGGACGCGCAGAAUGCCUUGCACAACAUCAAGACCUUGACUGGGAUGCACCAUCCGAUCCAGAUGAAGCCUGCCGACAGCGAGAACAGGAACGAGCGGAAGCUGUUUGUGGGCAUGCUGUCGAAGAAGUGCUCGGAGAACGACGUGCGGACCAUGUUCAGCCAGUUCGGAGCCAUCGAGGAGUGCACCGUCCUGCGAGACACGAGCGGCCAGAGCAAAGGUUGCGCCUUUGUAACGUACACCUCCAAGCAGUGUGCUAUAAACGCCAUCAAGACCAUGCACCAUUCUCAAACAAUGGAGGGCUGCUCGUCGCCGCUGGUGGUGAAGUUCGCCGACACGCAGAAGGAGAAGGACCAGAAGAGGCUGCAGCAGAUGCAGGCUAACCUGUGGAACCUGGCGGGGGUCAACAUGAACAUGACGCCCAGCUACAUAUCGUUGCUGCAGCAGCUACAGGCUCAAGGCGGAGCGAGCAGCGUGAACGGUCAAGCGGGCGGCCUGUCCGCCCUCAGCUCUGUGCAGCAGCAACUCCUCAUGCAACAGCAACUCGCUGCCCAGAACUCGACAGGUCAGUCUAAUGGGACGUGCGUCUCCCCCUCCACCGCUGAUCAGCUCAAGACCCAGCUGCUGAUCCAGCAGCGUUUGAAUCUCAAGUCUCCUGUAGGUCUGCAGAGCCUAGCGGCCGGCCUGGGUCUCGGGGGGUCGGCAGCCGGUGGUGCCAACACGGAGAUCAGUCCCGCCAGUCUCCAGGGUUUGGCAACUCUAGCCAACCUCUCUGUGACCAACCCCACUGUUAAUCCCAUGAGCAUGCAGAACUUGGUAACGCUGGCUGCGAUGACGGGCGGUAAUGGUGCCAACCUGCAAGUCUCGCCUACUGGAUCCAGUGCAUCUGGCUUAAGUAGCCCAGCCUUGUCAAGCCUAACCAACUCGGCGGCAGCCCUUCUCGGGAAGGCUGGCAGUUCAGGGUCCCUGACGGGGCCGGGCGCGGGAGGCAGCUCCCUCAGCCCCGUCACUAGCAUGCCCCUGGGCAGCCUGGCCGGCACUCCGCUCAACUCCAUGGCAUCCAUCAACGGCCUGGGCUCGGGCCUCGGGGCCCACAACGGUUCCGGCCUGGAGGCGCUCACUUCCUACGCCGGCAUCCAGCAGUACUCCGCAGGGUUCCCCUCGUUCGGUGGCGGAGGCCACUCUGCGAGCUCAGCGGCAAGUGCCGGCUCCCCGGGCUCCGGACCGGCGGGCAAGCAGAUAGAGGGUCCCGAGGGUGCCAACCUGUUCAUCUACCACCUCCCGCAGGAGUUCAGCGACGCUGACUUAGCAUCCACAUUCCUGCCGUUCGGGAACGUUGUCUCUGCCAAAGUGUUCAUAGACAAGCAGACCAACUUGUCAAAGUGUUUCGGUUUUGUGUCUUAUGACAAUCCUGUGAGUGCACAAGCAGCAAUUCAAGCUAUGAAUGGUUUCCAAAUCGGCACGAAGCGCUUGAAAGUGCAGCUGAAGCGUUCGAAAGAAGCGUCGAGGCCAUAUUGAGGCUGGACAGGUUCCCACAUUGCCACGUUGCGUGUAGCGAUCUGUGAUCGUGAUUGCCCUGGGCCGUCCGUAACCAAUAUAAAAAUUUAUGUGUGCUUUGUAGCGUGGGGGAAGUGAAACCAAAAAAUUUUUUUCAAGCGAGAACCCCUGUGGAUCCUGGAACUUGUACGAAAACAACGUACUGUCAUAAUUGAUUCAUGGUGAUUGUGUGGUGGACUAACGAAGUAAUCUACAGGCACUACGUACUUGUUGCACUUUACAACAGUCUUGUGUUGUUGAAUACCUGACUGUACUGUACCAUACGUUCCGAUUGUGUCUGGACAAAGCAGUCGACCAUAUCAAGCAAGAACACUUGGUGGAGAUUGUGUACAGUCUUGUCCUGUUGCUUUCGUAUAAACAGCACACAACGUCUAUGUGCAGAAAAUAGUCGCAACAUAGUUUUUUUUUACUAUACAAAAUUCUUCUGAGUUGCAGUUUCCAUUAUAACCUGCCUCUCUUGCACAUUGUAAAAUUGUGUAAAGUCAUCACUUCUCACAUGUUUUUUCUUAGUGUCCAUGUUUAUCUGUUGUCAGUGUGUUCUGGAUUUAUUUUUUGUUUGGAAACAAUGUUUGUAAUUAUGUACAACACAGCACUUCCUCUUGGCAACCUGCAAAACUCUCAUCCUGUAAUCCUCUUGACUACAGCUUCUCUCUCCUCUCUCCUCACUCCUCGGCCGUCUGUUCUCCUGAAGUUGACUCCUUCGUGUCCUUCUCCUGUGUUGGUUGUGUUGGGCGUUGCAGGACAAGUGAACUCUAGGUCACUGUCUUUAUUACAUUUUUUUACAACAGGGGGCAGGUAGAUCGUUAUAUCUUGAUUGUUAAAACAAGGAUAUAGUAAUAUAUUUUAUCUACUAGUGUAAAGGAUAUUUUCUGUACAGACUUUUCUUUAAAGCUAAUUAGCAGUAGUGUCUCUAAUAAAACAGCAACAACAGAAAAUCAAUUGCAACAUACUAUCGAAAAGGGGAUGGGAAGGCAGGGCAUCGGCCUAUCUUAAAAUAAAAUUUUGUGGUGUCAGAGUAAGGCAGCUUUUUUGAAGUUACAGUGUUGCCGGUGUUUUUUUUUUUUCUUAAAUGCAGUAAAAUAAAACUUUACUGCUGUGCCUUGUUUUUCUGUAAUAACAUUUAAAACUGUUGAAGAAUUUGUGCAAGUUUCUGAGUGGAAUGUUUCUGUGAUGCUUAGGAUUCCAUCUCAUUACCAAGUUUGAAAAUAAAAAAAUUCUAAAUAAAAAUUAUAUAAUGAAUAAUUUUAGCCAGUCACAUACAGAAUUAUUGCCACUCUGAAAUUUUGAUUUCUUUCUGUACUUUUUUUUUUUGUUAAGUACCUACUAAGUAUCACAAAGAAAUUUUUUUUUAGAACCAUUAAUAUAUCCACACUGGUUUUUACAUUAAGUUAAUGGGUUUGUGACAUAAUGAGUAAGUAUUGGAGCCAUCAUACAUAUGCUGACUUUUUUUUUUCAGGUUCAGGUUUUUAUUGUUGUUAAAAAAAUUUCCUUAAAUUUUUUACUGAAGUUUUAUUUUUAUUCUGAUAGCAUAUUGAAUGCAACAGUUGUGUUGUACAAGGAAGUAGUUGAAUGUGGUCUUGAUUAUAUUCAUGUAAAAAUAUUUAUUGCAUGUUAGUUUUGUUUGUAAUUUAUCAGAUGAGUCCUAACUUAUUUGUUCUGUUUUAUAAGUUUAUGUGUGAAACAGUUACCAAAAUGAAUGUUUUUGGCCUAGUCUUACACAAUAUUAAAUAAGCAUUUUUAUUACCAUUGUGGUAAUAGUACUUGAUGUUGCCUGCUUUUGAAUGGUUAUGUAAAAGAUGUGAUCACAAGGUCUGCACACCAUUCAUAAGGUUGCAGGAAUUAUAUUUAUAACCAAAGAUGUGUCUUAAUGUUUUUGUUGCCUGUUUAAUUCAUGCACAUGUUGUGUAUUUUUGUGUGUACAGCUUUCGACUAUUGUACUUAAAACUACGUAGUUACUUGUUCUUCUGUAUCAAACUGAAGCAAGGCAAACAGCUUUUGAAAGAUGUAUUCAGUAAAUUUUCUAUACCAAAAGUUAAUUAGCAUAGAGGUUAACCAAAGCAAGGCAAACAGCUUGUGAAAUAUUGAGUCAAGUUUAAUACCCAAAGUUCAUUAGCACAUAGCUUAACCGAAGCAAGGCAAACAGCUUUUAAAAAAAAUAAUCAUAAAAGUUUCCAUAGUCUCAAGUUAAUUAGCAAAUAAGUAUUUAUUAGUUCUUUUGAGCUGUAUACUAAAUUGUGUACAUUUUUCGUAUAUUACUUAAGUAACAGCAUUGUUUGCCUUGCAUUGCAGUAAAAUAGGGUAGUGCAAUUUUGGGGUUUUUAACUUGCUUUUACUUUAGUUUGAGAAUUUUAUAGCUCUUAUAAGGACUCCAUUUGUUUGAGUUAACCAUUUUAAUUUAUAUUAUGAUUGGUCUUCUAUUAUUGUAGAUGUCAUGUGUUGUAGCUUUCCUUGCAUAGUUGUACGUUUACAUAAAAUCAAAAUCAUGCAAGAAUUUGAAAAUAGGUGAAGGGUAGAUAUUUUUGUGUUCAUAAAUAAAUGAAAAAUAUGUUCAGUUUGUUGUUGAUCACAAAUGACAAUAAUUUGUUGUUUAAUGUAUUGCCCAUUAAAUGCCUUGAAAUUCCACUGAAUGGGUACCUUCAGAUGUGGGCAAACUAAUUGUAUGUCUGCUGGGAUCAUUUACUUAUCAGAGGCUACGUAAUUUGUUUUUGUAGUCCUGCUUUGUUGCGGUGUUUUUGUAGUUCUCUUUAGUUGUAUCCAAAAAUAAUGAACUUUAUUUUUGGUAUGUUUUUGUGGUUGAAAUGUUGCCAGUUUUGCGAACAAAAGUUUUCAUUUUGUUGUUUUUAGUCUGCAUUUUUGAGGCAUUAUUAUAUAUUUAAGUUACAAUCAUUUUGGGAUACGUGGUCAGUAACAAUUUGCCAAAAAAAAUUUUUUUUUGUUUUAUUUGGAGUAUUAUUUGAAAUAUUCUAUACACGUUUAGUUAAAAUAGUUCUGUGAAGAAAUUUAAAUGCCAUAAUUUAUGUGCAAUUGCUGUAAUGUACAGCUAUAAUUGUUAUUUUAUGUUUGUGAAAAUUGUAUUUACCAUAUCAGUGUUAACUAUUUGUGCAUUUGAAUAUAACAGCAGAAAAGUGUAUUCUGGAGUAACUUUUUAUACAUUUAUGGGUGCAAAUUGAACAACCCUUCAUCUUGUGGACAUUGAGACGUUAUGUACGUGUUUAACAUGUGUAUUAUGUUCAUGUUAUGUUGGUCGUGCACAUCCAUAUUUAGGUGUCUUCAAAAUGGGAAUUUAAACAAUAUCUCAGGAACAAAACUGUAGCGAACAUGUUUGUGAGUGCACUUACAGUUUUGUGUACCUCGCCUGUUGUUGACAAUGUCUUAAAUGUUUUGUGAAAACAAACAACAAAUGUGACAAAUUUUAUGCUCACACAAUUUUGCAACAUAGUAUUAAUGUAUUAUUAAAUAAUUAUAUACAUUAAAAGAGAGAGAUUAGACAGAUUAUUUAGUGUAAAAAAGAACUGGAAAAAUAUAUUGAACAAAAAUCUUUAUACUAGUAGCCAGAUAAUUGAAAAGAGUUUAAAAGAACUGUGGUUAUUUAUAACUACAAUUGUAUGUUCAUGGCAGCAUGCUACAAAUUAAAGUAAAACCUAUUUUGAAAAUAAAA